CUCGCCAGUCGCCGGCGCUCCGCUCCGCGCGCCGCACAUCUGCCGCCGCCCGUUCACACGCGACUUUACUCAACCACGUAACAAAGUAACCAAACUGACUUCGAACGCAAUCCUAUGGAAGAAUAAUAAUUAUUAUUCUGAGUGUACCCUGUGAUCAAAUAACCUUAACCUAAUAGAUUGUUGACUAACAACAUAAGUUCUAGUGUUUGGCGCGUGGUAUGUGCCCCGUUUGUUUGGGUCGUGUGUGUGGCUAGAGGAGGAUGUCGGGCUGGCUGGGCCGGGUGGGCUGGCUGGGCUGGCUGCUGAUGGCGGUCCUGGCCGAGGCCUGGGUGGCCUUCCAGGAGGCUCCGUGCUGCCGCCCCGCCGCGCACCAUAGAGUGCGACACCAUAGAGAUCACAUACGGGAGUUUACAUGCGGUACGCUUUUUUACCGCACCCUUUAUAUGAAUGAAGAUAGAGAUACGUUAUACGUCGGUGCUAUGGAUCGUGUAUUUAAAAUUAAUAUGACUGAUAUAAGUCAGUCCCACUGUGAGAGGGACGCACUAGUCCUCGAAGCCGGCAACGUGGCCCGCUGCGUGUCCAAGGGCAAGUCGGAGCCCUUCGAGUGCCGCAACCACGUGCGGGUGCUGCAGCCGCUCGGCGACGGCCAGCGGCUGUACGUGUGCGGGACUAACGCGCAUAGUCCCAAGGACUGGGUUGUUUAUUUAAACCUUACCCACUUGCCUCGCCAUGAGUACAUCCAUGGCAUAGGGCUGGGGGUGGCAAAAUGUCCGUACGACCCAGCGGACAAUAGCACAGCAGUGUGGGUGAGAGAUGGGAACCCUGGGGGACUCCCGGCGCUAUAUGCCGGCACCAACGCAGAGUUCACGAAAGCUGACCCAGUCAUCUUCAGGAAUGACCUGUUCAACUCCAGGACGGGACUGAAAGAGUACAGUUUUAAGAGAACUCUGAAGUACGACUCGAAAUGGUUGGAUAAAACCAACUUCGUGGGUUCCUUCGACGUUGGGGAGCAUGUGUUGUUUUUUUUCCGCGAAACCGCCGUGGAGUUCAUGAACUGCGGUAAAGCGGUGUACUCCCGUGUGGCUCGAGUCUGCAAGCAGGACACGGGGGGGAAACACAUACUGAGCCAGAAUUGGGCCACUUACUUGAAGGCCAGACUGAACUGCAGCAUACCUGGGGAGUUCCCGUUCUACUUUGAUGAAAUUCAGAGUGUGUACCAGAUCCCGGGUGACGCGUCUCGGUUCUACGCGGCGUUCACGACCGGCGCCAGCGACGGGCUGGCCGGGUCCGCCAUCUGCACCUACUCCAUGGAGGAUAUACAUGAGGCCUUCGCCGGCAGGUUCAAGGAACAGGCCACGUCGAGCUCGGCGUGGCUGCCAGUACUGAGGGCCCGCGUGCCGGAGCCGCGCCCCGGCACCUGCGUCAACGACACCGCCGCGCUCCCGGACAAUGUGCUCAACUUCAUCAGAUCUCACCCGCUGAUGGACUCGGCGGUGCGGCAGGAGGGAGACGCUCCUGUGUUCUUCCGACGAGAUUUGGUCUUGACCUCUUUGGUGGUCGACAAGCAGUUUGUCGACAUGUUGGGAGCAGACAUCACUUACACAGUGUACUACGCAGGCACAAAUGCCGGUGAGAUCUACAAGAUCGUGCAGUGGUCGGGCGGCGCGGCGCGCGUGGCGGACAUAUGGCGCGCGGCCGACAACGAACCCGUCCGGGCCAUGGCCAUCUCCAGGCAAAUGCACUCGCUGUACGUCACCACAGACAACCGGAUACGACAGCUGCCCCUACGAGCCUGUUCUCACAGGUACGACAGUUGCGUCCGCUGCGUGCUAGACCCGUACUGCGGGUGGGACAAAGAAGCGGAUGCAUGUAGACCAUACUCGCCUGGUCUCCUCCACGACGCCACUAACUCCACGCCGGCGAUCUGCGAGGCCAGCGCGCCUCAGAGGACCAUCAGGGCGGGCUACGGGCAGAGCGUGCAUCUGGCCGCCUUUGCCAGGACCCCUGACGCACUGAGGGAUCAGCACGUGGUGUGGUACCACCAUUCCCGGGAGAAGGGACGCUAUAAGAUUUCUGUCAAUUCCGACCACGUGCUGGAGACGUCAGAGCGCGGGCUGGUGCUGCUGGCCGUGGCGGCGGCGGACGGCGGCCGCUACGAGUGCUACUUCGGGCCCACGCUGCUCGCCACGUACAACCUGGAGAUUGACAUGCACAGAUGUACUCAGCCGAGCAAGUCGCAUGAGUACAAGCAAGUGUACUCAGACUGGUGCCACGAGUUUGAGAAGUACAAGAGCGCCAUGAAGGCGUGGGAGGUGAGACAAAUGCAAUGCUCCAAGAGUCUGAACAGCAGUGAGCACAACUCCAUGUCCAACGAGCUGGCGGCGUCGCUGCGGUGAUAGCACCACCCCAGAGCGCACCACCCCCGGCCUCAGAACUGAACUAUAAGUUUGUCACCCGGGUGAGGCCAAACAAGGGUUAUUUUUUAAGUUAUGAGUCCCAUGUACUGACAUUUAACAGUGUUCGCGAGGACGGGAGGAGCGAAGUGCGACCAAAAUUGUUGUGUGUGUUGCGACCAAAAUUUACGCUUGUUUGGUCUCACCCUUAAUUCCAAUCUAGCUCAAACAUGAGUACUUACUUAUAAAUAUUUAGUUUUUGGUUACAUUAAGGUUUACAGUUGAUGGCAAAAGCAUAUUGGUAUUUUAAAAAAAUAUAUUUACUUAUCCAUUUUUGAUUUCUCCCACAGUUUAUCCUAUCCAAGUGUCGCUUGCUCAAUUUCUGAAAUAUUAAAAUUUUGGAUAACAAAUUAUUAUUAUUAUUGAUGUUUUUCUUUGUCGUUUGAUAAAAUCGAUAAAAUAUAAGAAUCGUGUUCCCAUUAAAGGUAAAUAAGUUUAUAACAAAAUCGAUGUACCUAAGUAAAAAGAAUGUCUAACAAUUACUGACUGAUCAAUCGUGUUUGAUUUGAGUUUGUAAAAUCUUCAUUACUCGUAUGUUGGAAUAAUGCUUCACUACAGUUGUAGAAUACGUGAAUACAUAUGUGGUUGCAAAGACUAUAAAUUGUAGGUUGGAGAGUUUUGUUUGUAAAUUUGAUGCAACUACGGAACUACGGACAUGAUGACACAAAUAUGAAAUGCUGUGAUACCAGUUAUUGUUGGUGUUAAAUGUAAUGUUGAAUGUUAUAUUGGAGGGUCAGGCCGUGCGUCGCUCGAUUUUUUCGAUCAACGAAUGAAGUUAAAAGUUCAUUGGAAAAAUCGACAAAUAGCAGGCAAGUAGUAACUAAAUAGGUAGUGUAAAUACAACUUUGUUCUAUUAUUGCGUUAUGAAAAUACUUAUUAAGUACUAAGGUUAGAUAUUACCUGAUAAUUGUUUAAUGAUACACUGAUAGGUUCAUCGGGUACUGUCGAGUGGACGAAGAAUUUAUGAGUGUGGUGUUUAGUUACUUAAAUCCUUAGAAUUACUCCAAUAAAGCGAGUGGAAAUAAACAAGCCAAUUAAAUUAUGUUUAUAUUUAUUUCAAGUGUAUUUCUACAAAAUAAAUUCAUUGCAGUUUCUUGCCCACACGAGAAUAAAGUUUAUCACCAAAGUUUUAAUCCCUGAAAAUGGUAGUAGGUACGGGCGGCAAGCGAUAUACUUUUACGAACCAUUUUUUAUUUAUAUCCGCUCUGUUGGAGUGUUCUAAGUAUAUCUGAGGUUAAAAUACAGAGCAAUACAAACGCCAAGUUAGCUUUAAGCGUAAGUUUUGUAUGGAGUUGCUUUUUUAUCACAUAACGAAAGCUUAAACGCUUUUAGGAUGGUGUUGACACAAACAUGCAGUUGUUAAUAAUGUGUUUCCUUCAUUAUACUAAAUUUGCUUUGGUCUAAAAUUUAGGUAUUUUUGAAUAUUCAAAUCCACCAUGUUAGGUAUAACCUCAAGGUUUUUAGAGAAGCUGUGUUAUUCUGAUCAUUAUAUUUGUUGCAAUGACAAGAUGGAGUUAAUUAUUAUGAGAAAAAUCAACUUGUUUUAUUUGAACACUGGAUAAUUUAAUAAGUUUCUUGUAUUUUCGGAAUUUGAACCCGAAUUUAGUAGAAGUUGUUUGUCGUAGACGUGACGUCGGUGGUUGAGUAAGUUGUAUGUUGGAAGUCUCGCUAGAAUAGUGCCUUGUGAAGCAUGCUUAUUGUAUGAUAAAAUAAAUUAUUUAUAGAAUAACUUGAUCGCAUUGAUUCGAAAAAUGAAAGCAAUAAUGUACCUAUAACUAUAAGUAAAAUGAAUUCUAAAAAGCAGUAUUGGUAUAAGUAAAUAUUUUAAAGCUGUGUUAGUGAUGAAAGUGGGAGAAUGCAUUUCAGUUAAACUAAUGUUAACUAUUCAGUUAGUAUUUACAUUCACUUGUUAUUUAUUAAAUUUAUUUUGUCGACGGUUCGUAGUAAUAAUAACAGCAAAACUACUGUAUUACGAGUAUCUCGGAGUGGGAAGUUGGACUGAUUUAAGUAUGUAGAUUAAUAAAGGGGAAACUUUCCUUGUUAAUUUAUUUAAUAGCUUCAGUGAAUCUCGUCGAACGUAAUUACACUUUUUAACGAUUCUUGAUACGUAAGAGUAAGAUCUCUAUUUGAAAUACCAUUGCGAAAAUCUGUGUUGGUCCGAUUUCAGUCCGAUUCAAAACAAUAUCCGGUGCGCAUUGCGUAGCGUAGAGCGAAGAAGUGUGUAUGUAAUUUAAAUUAGAGUACCAACCGAUAUCCCAACAUCUACUGCACAAGAUAAAAAAUAAAAUCGAAUGACAUUCACUACACUUGCCUACCUACAAAUUUAAUUACCGACUAGUUUGUUUUGUAUAGAAUAAUGUAAAUAAACGAGAGAGUAUUGUAACAACAUAAUUGUAGAACGAACGCCAUGAUAACUUUAAGCUAGAAUAAAAGCGAUUGUUUUAUAAACAGAAUACAAAAGGUAAAAUAAAUUAUUUUAGAGCAACUAA